GACCUUCGAUUACGCAUUUAAAACCGUGCGCUACCGACUUCUGGUUUGGAUUAUCAGUCUUUAACUAACUUUUGUGUUACCUUUAUUGUUUUCGAUUGUUUUUCUCAUGAAUUUAAUUGCAUUCUAUAUGCCCACUGAGUCGUUGGCUCAUUUCGCCUAUUGUUUCUGCUCCCGGAUAACCUCGCAUACUGCUCUUCAUUCCUCAAGCACAAAAAGUACCUUUAGGCUAGACGUAAAUUCACCAAAGACGAAAGGUUUUGUUUUUUUUGUUGAGAUUUCAAAAUAAUUGUCUGGUGGUUUGUAUCUGUUCUCUCUAUCGCAGGAAGACCAUGAACGAAGAAUGAGACUAUUUCGUAGAUAAACCUUCCUUUUGGUACUAAGACCAUUACUUUAUUUUGAAUUAUAUGAGGUCGCUGGAUGUUUUAAUUUCUAAUGUACUCCCUUAUCAACGUUUGUGAGCUAUAGUUUUAGCUUCUUCGUGGCUGACACUAAACGCUGAUAACACAUCUCAUUAUUGUAGCGUAUUGAAAUGUCACACUGCCUGCGUAUAGUUAUUAGAUUCAGAUUAUUAUAAGCUAAGGCCUGCCUCAUAGUUAACCGAUGUUUAUUUCUACCCCUGAAAAACAUGUUUUGUGCGCCUGCUGGUUCGUUGGCUCAACGUACUUCAUCUUUUUUCCAAGUCCUCUCCAUUUACGCUUCUCUGCACGCUCUCAUAGUAAACAAAUUACUUUCUGACCAGACUCAAACCACUACACUGCCCGUAGUCUUUAGACUCUCAGUUACCAUAAGAUAAUGUGGCCUGGUUAAUUUAUCCUUACUACGUUAUCUACAGUCUUAAUGUGUUUCUUCUUGUGCAACCUCUGGCGCCUAACUUCAAAAACUAGACCCAAGUUUGAGGAGUUACUUGGUUCUUGAGCUGGGUUGAAUAUAAAUUGAUUGGUGCCUCACUAUCCUUAAAUUUUUUUGUUAUUUUUCCCGAAAGUACAUGUUUUUUUCCUAUUUCAUCAAUAGUAAAUUAACAGUUACUAGAGUUCCUAUAGGUACUCGUAGGAAAGUUUCUCUGCUCAUAAAAUGCAACUGUGUGGAUAUCAUUAGAAUAAACAACUACUUGAAAUAAAACACCAGUCCUGACUUCGGCUGUUGGAAUUCGGGUCAUUACGUUUAAAGUGAAUAUCAACUUUUAUUUGUUUCUCAUGCAAGAAGCCAAAUCCCAAGUUUUCCGGAGGUUUAAAUUUACAAUGCUUAUCUUACAAUUUCGUUUCAGCUUGAUUAAAAUUCGUAUUGAUCGCUAGUGUCUGGUCUUUUAAUGUUUGAGACAUGAAAGGUGUGUACCACUACCUUGCUAACCAUAUAGUAAUGUGCUUUAGUGAAUUGAUCUUGACGUUUUUAUUUCUCAAUGAUGUUCAUGCAAUGUGCAAAGUAAUUUCGCUGGGCAAAUAUGUCUCCAUAUUUUGGUUUUCGCACAUUGAGAUCUUGUUUGAUAGUAGUAGUGCUGAGUAUCCAAGUUUUUCUUCUAACUUCUCUAAUUGUUUUAGGUUUCAACCUCAACUAUGAAACGCUCUUCGUGUUAAACCAACGCAUAUUCCUCGUAAUAUGGAAUGUCCACCAGCACCUCAUGCAGUCAUGAAUGUGCAUCUUCCGACGUUUUAUCCAGGCAGUUUCGUACAGAAUAACAUUUCAUCUCUUGCUCAGGAUAGCUUAUAUGAAAUUCAACGACUUAGACUACUACUAACUAAUCUACUGACUUCUAUACAAUCUGAUGAAAAGGAUUCCGAGGAACUAAAUCGGAUUGCAGACGAGAACUUUAUGCUAUCCAAUAAAAAUGGUAGUACAAGAUGUGGAAAUAUCCCUAGUCCUGUCUGCACAAUUGCAGAAGGAAAAGCUACUGGAAGUACAAUUGAAGGUCGUAACAACCUCUAUCAAACUCUUAGUAUGAAGAUCAUGUCGCGUGAAAAGCUAGCACUACACAAAAUAGUCAACCAUAUCAGUGAUGUUUUUAAUAAUUUGGACCAACUGGCCAGUCGAAUGCAGACCAAUCGGUUAUCUGGCGGACCUAGUGACCAUGGUUUGCAAAACGCUUUAUCUUUAUUUAGCACUGUUGAACAGUUGGAAUUUAGUCGUAAUAGUUGGCCUUAUGAAUCCUCGCUAUCUCAGUAUAUGGUGAUCGAUGAUCAUGGGAAAGAAUCUGAUAUGCGUCGUGUUGACUGGCUCAUGGAUAGAAUAGAAGCAGAACGUUGGAGUCAUCGAUAUUGGGGACGCACCCGUACAGUGCUUGAAGGUUUACUGGCUUGUUCCGCAUUCCGACGUUCCCAUUUAAAUGCAGAUCAUUCCCGUAGGCGAAAAGAUUUCCUCAAUAUUAUCAAUCGAGAUUAUCGUACUGAUCUGGAACAUAUACUCAAUGAAUUAAAUGUAAAUUUACCAGAUCUUAUUAUAACGUUAAUCGAACCAUCGUCAAUCGUAUCCAUAGUACAUUUGAGGGUUGGUGAGGUAAUGCAAUGCUAUGUGACUUUUCGCCAGCUGAAUCCAGAAAAAAUUAUUGUUCGCGGAAUAUCGGAACCAAUGAUCAUAAAAACCUAUUCUGAUUUUCCUAAUGACAAUUUAAAUGUAGAGGAAAAGCCGUUAUCCUUAGCAGCAGAAGAACUGUUGUCUGAUUCAGGUCUUGAUUCAUUGCCAAACAUUCGUGAUACUGUUGUCUCCUUACUGAGUCCGGACUCAAAAACUCGAUCACUUUCAGAACAUAGACAACAACGCGGCCCGAAAUUUAUUCGCUUUUGUAGUAUUCAUCAACAAAAUCUAGAUCUUUUUACACCAAGUCGUCAUCCGUUGUUUCGACGUAUCACUUCUCUAGCCCAAUGUGCGCUCCUUCAUUUUUCUAAUGAAUACAAACCUCCUUCUGCCAUUCGCGGGUUUUUUACUUGGCUUCAUAGUUAUCGAGACUUGUUCAGUGCCCCUUGCUGUCGUUGUGGUCAGCUUCUAGGUCAAAGCGUAGAACUGCCACUUUGGCGUAGUUAUCCUCAAAUGAGAAAAGAUGAUUCUCGAUCUAUGGAACCCCAGCACGAACAUUGUCAGGCCAUUUUAUAAAUAAUUGUAUUUCUUUAUUUUUGAUAUCAUGAGUACUACUUGUCGUUUGUAAAAACAACCUCAUUGUACAAUUUAAUGUGUUCUAGGUGUAAAUAAACUGAAUAGAUAGUACCCGUACA